AUGAAUAGUAAAUAUCAAAACUCAGGAUGUAAACUGAAAGAGGAUGCGCCAUCUGAUGGAUUGUACAAUUAAUCGAGAUAAAGUGCUGAUUUUAAUGGGAACUUAGAGUUCUCAAAAAAUAAGAGCAAUUCUGUUGCCUCAUCUUUAAAUGGGAUGUCGGAACAUAUAAAUGAUGUAACACCACCCUUUGGUAAUAAAGUUGAUUUGAAAGGAUUUUAGCCUGCUGAUUUAGAAUUAUUUCCAUUUGAACCGAAAUCGGAGAAAAACAACUUCAGAUUUUUGUAUGAAUUCUGGCCAUCAUUCAAUUAGAUCUUUUGUUAUGGGAGAUUCAUGACAGGACCUAAAGGUGAUAGAUACCAUAAUAUGUUCACUUGGAUAAUGAUAAUAGGUAUCAGUACCUGUUUUUUUGUUAUCGUUGCUCCCUAUGUUUGGUAAAAAUUGCAUUGGCUCUAUGUUUUAAUUGUAAUUUAUUUAUUCUUAAGUACAAUACUAUUUUUAGUGUUAACUUAAUUUUCCGAUCCAGGGAUAAUACCAAGAAAAUCUGUCCUGGAAUUAUCAGAUCAGAACACUCAUUUUAUUAGUAAGGAGGAAGCAAAAAUAGAAGGAACAGGUGGUUGUCCAGACAAAAGGAAGAAGAAAUAUUAAAAUUAGGAAUAAAGAAUAUGUUCGACCUGUUUAAUAGUGAAGCCCUUAAGAUGUUCUCAUUGCAAAGAUUGUGGCAAUUGUGUUUAAGUCUUUGACCAUCAUUGUCCGUUUGUAAAUAACUGUAUAGGACAGAGAAAUUACAGAUUCUUUAUAGCUUUUCUGGUUUCAUUGCUUUUAUUGGCCAUAGGGGAAUUGGGAGGAUUUUUGAUCUUGUUUAUAGGGAACUUCGGAGAGGGUAUUUCAGGGAAGGAUGGCAUAUGUAAUUAUAUAUAAUAAAUGGAAAGUGAUUUAGAAUUAGACUAUCCUAGUGAUAGUGUUAUUCGCUUUGGGAAUUCCGACGAUAUUAUUGACUCUAUGUAUUUUAGUGUUUGUUUGUUUCCACAUUUGUUUGGCUUACAAUGGGAAAACAACGAAGGAGUAACUUCAAAAAAAGAAGAUUAUUAGCAAAGGUAUUAUUCCAUCUACUGUAUGGUGUGA